GUGCGGUUUUCGCGCGAAAUGCGCGCGCUACGGCGGGUGCGCUAAGAGAUAAGCCAACAUGGUAGGAAGAAAGGUAUGCAGCGCCAUUGUGUGGCUCUGGGUGAGCAUUGUGAGCCUCUGCAAAACAGUCGCUAGUCUGUUGCUCAGACGCCAGCAGGUUUCGCCUGGCGCCAACUCAAAACAAUCCAUGACUGGAAAUGUGGGUACAUCACCAGCCACUGGGCAGGAGAUGGAGUGGGAGGAGUCUUGGAACACUAUGGAGCCAUUCAGUGUGACUGUCGUCCCAACUGAUUCAGACCUGUUCCAGGACAUGCAACCUGUGCUAACCAAAACCAGGAAGGUGUACGUUGGAGGGGAAGUAGCAGACGAGAAGCGACCAGACAAGCGUAAGUUUGCAGUGGAGGCUGAGUUUAUAGGUCAGGUAAGUAGACCACACUGUGAGUGUCUGCUGAAGGCUCUCAGAUGUGUAUCAGGAGACGAGUGAACUUGGGGAAUGGGCAGAUGAGGAGGUGGUGGAGGGGGGAGGGUGGGAAGGGGAGGCAGGAAGAGAGGAAGUGACCAGUCUGCAGGUUAUGGCUCAGCAGAGGAGAGAGGAAAGGGAGAAAAGGAAAAAACUUCAGGAGGCUCUCCGGUUCAGUCAGCGACGUCAACAGCAUCAGCCGAGUCUGGGAGUGAGACUCUCUGACUCGUCAUGACAACCAGACUUCCAUUCUGAGUGUUUCAAGCCGUUUUCCUCAGUUUUCAAUGACAGUUUGACAAGUUCGGUACUAGAUGAAUAUUUGCGUCUUUCACACUGAUUUAAAAUCACGUAUGACAUAAUGG